AUGUUUCGCUCUCUUCUACGCAGUAGUUCCCGACUCACAGGACUUCGAAAUCACAUUGCCCCUCCACUCGUGAACCAAUUCACUCCAAUCCGCAGCAUGUCCGUCCCAGCAACUAUGAAGGCCGUAGUGGUCGAGCAGAUCGGCGGCCCUGAAGUGCUCCAAUUCAAGACCUCAUACCCAGUUCCUACCCCACAAGCAGGACAGCUGCUAGUGCGCAACAACAUCUCCGGUGUCAACUACAUCGACACUUACUUCCGGACAGGCCUAUACCCCGCGCCCAAGCCCGAGAUCUUGGGCCGCGAGGGCGCUGGUGUUGUCGCUGCUGUUGGUCCUGGAACUUCAGGCUUCCAGGUCGGUGAUCGGGUUGCAUGGUUGGCUACUGGUGGGUAUGCCGAGUACACUGCAGUGCCUGCGGCCCAGACUGCGAAGAUCCCCGAGGGGAUCAGUGAUGAGGAUAUCAUGGCCUCAUUCCUGAGCGGUUUGACGGUGCUUGCUUUCGCAAAGGAGACUUAUCCCGUGCAGCAGGGUGAUUGGGUUCUUCUCCAUGCUGCAGCCGGUGGUGCUGGCUUCCUCAUGACCCAGAUUUUGAAGACAAUGGGUGCCAAGGUUAUUGGUACCGCCGGCGGCGCAGAGAAGUGUGCGCUUGUGAAGAGCCUUGGUGCCGAUGUGGUGAUUGAUUACCGCAGCGAGGAGGGUAAGGACUGGGUUAAAAAAGUUAAGGAAGCUACUGGUGGUCGUGGCGUCGAUGUUGUCUACGAUUCAGUCGGCAAGGAUACCUGGGAAGGAAGCUUGGAGGCUGUCAAGCGCAAGGGUACUAUCGUCUGGUUUGGCAAUGCCAGCGGGCCUGUGCCCCCGCUUCCUCUCGCGAAACUUACCCCCAAGUGUGUCAAGGUUGCUCGCCCGUCACUCUUCGGAUACAUUCAGACCCGCGAAGAGUUCGAAUCAUACACCAAUGAGCUGUUCGGCCUACUGAAGUCAGGCCAGCUUAAGACCAAGAUUCACAAAAUCUACCCACUGGAGGACAUUGCUCAGGUGCACAAGGAUUUGGAAGGACGGAAGACCAUGGGAAAGCCACUGCUGAGACCUUGA